AUGUCUUACCCUGCGGGAACCGUUACUAGUGUUCACGAGCAUUUAAUCAACUUGCUACCUUACGAGGAGGCCGACGGGUGGGCUGAGCUGGCGGCGGAAACGGGGGACUCGGCGCAGGCGGAAGGGGGGAGCGACGGCGGGGGAAAAAGCGCGUGGGAGGAAAAAGCUCGCGCGGUGGGCGGAAGCGCGAAGGAGCGGCAGCUGGCGCGGCUGCUGCCGGUGCUGUUCCUGGUGUCGUCGUCUCUCAUGCCCACUGCGCGCCGAUACCCGCUGCUGCUGCGCGAUCGACGGUUGCUACACCACGUGCGCAUCGGGCUCUUCGGAGUGGAUCUCGCCGCGCUCUCCAUCCCCCUGGACGCCACGUCAGCGUAUUCCACGUCAGCAGCUGCGCGUCCGCACCUGUUCUUUGCGAAGAAGCUCUACCUCCCGCUCCACCCGGACUCUCUCUGCGGAUUCGCCGCCUCCCCCCGCCCCCGCUCCCCCGACCCCCUCUGGCGCACCCUCCGCGCGCACCACCUCCUCCCCCCAAACGGCUUGCCGAUCCUCAACCCGAACUGGGUGCCUCGGCUGCCGAACCAGCAUCUGAACCAGCAGGCUCGGGCGCACAUGGUGGUUGGGGAGGCUUUGCGUCGGGAUUGGGUGGUGGUGGUGUCGCUGGUUUGGAGUGUGCAUGGGGGGAGGGAGGGGCAGGGGGUGGCUGGGGGGGAGGAUAUCGGAUUGGGGGAGGGGGAGCUAGCGGAAGGAGGAGCAGGCGGAGGGGAGGGCGCGGAAGGUGACAAUAAGGAGGCGGCUGACGCGAUGAACAGUGUGAUUGUAAUGAUGCGGGAGCUCUUCGGCGAGGCGCGCGUGGUGGUAUACGACGAGCACGUGCCGCUACUGCAAGCCAAGGAGCUCUUUUCCCGCGCGAUUCUGUUCGUCGGCCCGACGUCGCCCGCGCUGUCGAAUCUCAUCUUCAUGCCCUUCAACUCCACGCUCAUCGAAGUCCUCCCUCGCACCGUCGCCAUGGCAGCCGCGUCCAUCCCUGUUGUCGGCCAACAGCGGGCUGCCACGUGGCACUUCCACCUCGCGUCCCGCCUCGGGAUCCAUCAUUUUCUCUCUGCCUGUGAUCCGACUAAGGUGAACUGGCAUUCUCAGGAGCACUGCCACGUGGACGAGGUGUACGGUACAGUCACCGCGAUGAUCCGUAACAACCCUACACUCCACGCGUUCACUGGGUUACCAUCCGUCUCCUUUCCACUGGACGAGCCUGCCAGCUUCGGCGACUUCCGAAGCAGGAUCCCAGGCUCGAGGCUCAAGCCCGGAACAGGCGAAGCGGCAGCGUUCAAGCAGUGGAUGAGCUGCGUGGCGGAGCGCGGCGAGUGGCGGUACAACGCGACGCCGAGGGUUCUACCGUGGGAGGAGAAACAGGUGCAGAGCUGCGACUCCCGACACAUGAAGCAGGGCGGAGUGGCAGGAGUCCACGCGGACAAAAUCGCAAACUCGGGAUGGGAUCCCGCUGCUGCUGCUGCGGCGUGGAAGGUUCGAGAGAGUCUGAAGUACCAGUGGGUGGUGCCUCGGGAAAAGUGUGCUGGAGUUGUCGGGGGCAGGCAGGCGGUGGUGGGGAGGGAGGGCGUGCAGGGGGAGAUUUUCUCGAGAUGGGGAGAGUUCAAGCAGCAGAACGAGAUGGUGAGAGAGAUAGUGGAGGAUGCGGGAGGGUUGUUCAUGGAUGUGGAUCCGAUGAUGGCUUUAAGACCGGAUGGGCACAGAGGGGUGGUGGCUAAGGAUAAGGUGGACUGCCUGCACUACUGCCUGCCAGGCCCGGAAGACACGUGGUCUGAGUUCCUGUACAACAUCAUCCAGAGGCUCGUGCCUGUCCAUGAGAUCUUACUGAGGUGCCUCAGAAUGUGGUCGGUACAGGAGAGUCAGCCAAUAUCAACUUCUCCUGUUGCCACGUGGCGUGGUGGUGGUGGGUCCCACCUGGCGAAGUUUCCGCACACCUUCCUUCCGCCGCCAGCGGUUCCCCCAUCCACGGAGUUCGCGUUCGUUCCGCGCUUCACUGCCCUCCGCGGAGAAUGGCCCUCCCCCUCCCCGCCGCCCGCCACUCCGCCUUCCGCGCAUGCAGUAGCGCGGAGGGGGAAGGAGGGCGGGGGAAGCAGAAGGCGGAGCUGGGGGAAGGGCGGGUUAGCAGGGGGAGAAGGAGCUGCGGCAGGGACGGCAAGAGGGGAGGGUGGGGAGGCUUUAGAUGCAGAUGAAGAGGCUUAUAUGGAGGAUGGAGCGUGGGACAAAGGCAGGAGAGAGGAUGAUGCAGAGGCGCGCGUGAACACGGAUUCAGGCCGACAUGGAACGCGCAUGCUAGUGGUGCAGCCGCGCCCCCAUCCGCGCUGGCUGCUGCGCGCCAAGCUGGGAGAGGCGCUGCGAUUGGUGGACUCGCUCACAGGCACGGACAGCCAAUGGGAGAUGGAGCAGCGCUCGUGGGGGGGCGCAGGGGCAGGGGAGGACGCACAGGCAGC